AUCUCGUCCCGAGCAGAAACGAUCGAAUCGCUUUGAAGUGUGUCGGGACAGCGAUUGAUAAAGGCUGGUACUAUGUCCUCUGGAUAGAUUACACAGAUUUGCAUUAAAAAUUGUUGAUUUUUGUCUGGGAAAAAAGUGAAAAAGAAUAAUCUCAAAAUACGAUCACGUCAGAAACAUCACGAACUAUUGAAUAACAGUGCAGCCAACGUGCGAGGACGACAGAGCAUCUGCAGAAUUCCUAAACCAAUCUGUCGGAGGUCGCCGGUAUCUUAAUGCGGCUUGUAUCCGCUUAGUGAAACGGUUGCUGUUCUAGAAACAGACAAAGCCGCGGAGGGUGUCAGAAAAAUUUGUAUUUUGUCAUCCUUGUCAUCGGUGCACCGGGAGUACUGUCAAACACUACUUUAAAUAAAUUGUUGGGCGAUUAACGGCUCGACAUGGUAGAGGGCAAGGAGGGCGAGCGACAGCCGUUAUUAAGAAGGGAGCAUGAUAAUUACAGUUCACAUAGUUCUGAGUUCUUAGAUGAAAGCCUAGUGACGGUUAAUACUGUGUCCCCAAUUGGUCCCAAUGAAUUACCUCCACCCUAUGAAUCACUUAGUGGAAAUGGUCUGCCUAUGGUUACAUGUAGAGUUUGUCAAGCUAUGAUAGAUAUAUCUGGUAAAAGAGAUCAACAUGUUGUCAAAUGUUGUCGAUGCAACGAGGCUACACCUAUAAGAAACGCACCACCGGGAAAGAAAUAUGUUCGUUGUCCAUGUAAUUGUUUGUUAAUAUGUAAAAGCUCCUCACAACGUAUUGCAUGUCCAAGACCAAAUUGUAAACGUAUUAUUAAUCUCGCUCCAAGUCCAAUUACACCACCUGUUUUAUGUUUGCCUGGAAUGUGUAGAGUAUGCUGUGCUCACUGUCAUGAUACAUUCUUGUUUAACACGUUAAACAAUGCGUUGGCUCGAUGUCCACAUUGCCGAAAGAUAUCUUCCGUUGGACCAGACUUUGCUAGAGGUCGAGCUAUUGCAUUUUUAAUUGUUGGAAUCAUAGCCUUAAUAGUUGCGAUAGCUGUGACUGUUGGAACAUAUAUGUAUGCGAAAACUCAUGGUGGAAUUUACGUGGUUUAUGUCGGUGCAUUUUUAGCAGCACUUUUGUGCCUGGGACGCAGCAUUUAUUAUUUCACAAUGAAAAUUAGUUUGAUAGAAGGUCCUAUGUAGUCCUCUAAAUGACAAUCAGCAGUUAAUUCUUUGAAACCGAUUCCUUUAACAUCUAUGUCGUAUAAUAAUAUAUUUAGAUCAAAUGUUUAUAGUAAUGACAAAAAACAUACAAGUCCUGCUAAGAUCUAACUGGUAGAUAUAAACAUUCUUAUACACGUAUAUGCGGGUUUGUAUUGUAACAUCGCUCACUUACAAAUAUUCUCGCAUAUGCAUAUACGAAUAUACGUGUUACGGACGAAGAGAACGUGUGUCCGGUAUACGACACUCUCUCAUAUAAAAUAAUCUACCUAGAAUUGCUAGAUGGAAAUGGGGAUGUUCAUUUUAAACAAAAAGGAUUGUUCCUCUGCACUUUUAUGUAUAAAAGCACAGGACCAAUGCAACAGCCCCAUGGACUUGUUUUCAUAUUUGAAGAAAAAUAUACUAUAUAUGCUUUCUACAUCUACAGUAAACAUAUAAAAUGCACAUAGGUAUAAAUGUAAGUAAAUAAAAAAAGAACACAUGAAUACUAUUCCAAUCAUAAACAGCUAUACAUACAAUUAUAUAAAUUGCGUUUCUAACACUGUACUUGCGAUGUCGUUAAAGGAUUUUUUAUAAAUCAGUAUCACUUUAAAGACAUUUUUGGAUUUAUUUAUUAUUUGACAUGCAAGUAAAAUUAUAUAUAAAAUACAGAUAUUGAAUGUUA